GGUCCUGCUUGUCUAUAGGCAAAACUUUGAAAUUCAUCACUUUUACUAUUGAUCCAUAUAUUUCAAUAUGUAAUGGCUUUCUUAUUUUUUCCAAGAACAUAUACAGAGGUUUAUGCUCCAAUUCUAGUUGAAAGUGACACUAGUAGCUCAUCAGAAGAUGAAUUUGCUCACAAUGUUGAUUGUUUUAAUGACAAAAUAGUUAGUGUGGAAGACAUCCUGGAAAAUUUAGCCACGCAGAUUAAGUCUGAAAAAGUCUCACAGUUCAAUAUAAACAGAGCUGACAUUUGGGAUGGAGCUCUACGUGGUUUUAAGUGCUCGUCCUUUGAUCCAGCACACACCAUUUUAGUGAAAUUCAGUGAUAAUACUGGCUACAUGGAGAGUGGCAUUGACACAGGAGGACCCAAACGAGAAUUUUUAGAACUCCUAAUGCAACAUGUUAAAAACAGAACACUAUUUGAAGGAAGGGAAACUGAAAAAUACUUGACCUGUGACAGUGUUGCAUUUGAUAAUGAUGAAUAUUUCAUCAUUGGGCGAAUGAUCGCUGUCUCCAUGGUUCAUGGUGGUCCUGGGCCACAGUUCAUUUCGAAAAACUUGUUCAACUAUAUUUUAUGUGAAGGUAUCUUUUCCCCUGAUACAAAAGAUGUUUGUGAUCCAGAAAUACAGAUGAUGCUACAAAAGAUCAAGUCAUCGUCCUCAGUGGAAUGUCUUAGGAGUACAGUGGAGGUGUAUGCUACAAUGCUUAUGAUAGCGGGAUGUCUUUGCCAUGUUAUCAGGGAGCUUUCUGAUAAAGACAAAAUUGUGGAAGAUUAUCUGAAGUGGUAUUUUUUCACCAGAAAUGCUGCUUGUAUUCAAAGGUUCAAAGAAGGACUAACCACACUAAAUGUUCUUGAAGCAAUGAAACAAAAUCCAUCAGGAUUCAUGAAAUACUUCUGUUUUUCUGAGAAAAAAAUAACUUCUGAAAUUAUAGAGAAUCUUUUUAAAGCUGAGUUUAGCCAGCCUGGUAGCAACAGAAGACAAGAGGAAGUGAGGACAGCUGCAUACUGGGCAGACUACUUGUUAGAUAUUGAAGGUAAAACAUCAUUUGCUGAACCAUCUUUGGAAGAUAUCCUCAUGUUCUCAACCGGUGUUUCCUCAAUCCCACCAAUCGGCUUCCAUCCAAAGCCAACAGUUAAUUUCUUGCAUAAUGAGUCGCCAUAUCCCAUUGCUCAAACAUGCACCAAUUCUUUAAGCAUCCCCAUACAUAAAACAUAUGAUAAAUUCAAGUACCAUAUGAAUUUUGGUAUUCUAAACUCACCUGGAUUUGGGCAACACUAAAUUCUGAUAUAAUUAAUCAUCAUAUAUUUUUACCAGCCCUGAACUUGCUCUUUCAUUACAUUUUCCACAAAAAUUAUAUUAUUAGCUAUGUCAGUUAUUAUUUUUUGAAAGUUUUUGGCUGAUUUUACAUUUAAAGUUGCUUCAGUUCAUUUUGCAAACAUGCACAUUUUUUUCUUUAUUACUGAAUUACCAGGAUCUUCCAUCAAUCAUUUUUCACGUAAUUUCAUUUUGGUCAGUUGUGCACAGUUACAUUUUGUUUGCAAUUAUGUUAUUAAUAAUGUUAAUUUUUCAAAGAAAGGAAGUUGCUAAGCUUUGUGUUUAUACAUAUUUUGUGUAAAUAGAAAUUUUACAAUGUAAUACUUCUAAUAGCUUUUUUUAUAUAUUUCAUAUUAUGUAAUGUUUUAAACCAUACUUUUGAAAUGGUUUGACUUGAACCUUGUUAAUGUUGCUUCAAUGAGAUGUACCAUUGAAGUGCUCUUGUUGUUAUUAAACAAAAAUUUGUAAACUUAAUGUUCAUUUUCAA